AUUACUAAUUUUAUGAUUAAAGCGUGGAAUUAGGGAGGAGACGAUUCCCUCCCAUUCCUUGGAACAGACAUGUCUUUUCUCCCUAUAUCCGCGUAAUUCACAAUUUCCCUUUCUUCUUUUUUUUUUUUUUUUUUUUCCUUUUCUAAAUCCAUUCCUGAUUUUUGUUCUGGAAGGAUUUCGUUGAAUUUAUCGGUGUUCAGCUUCAGAUUGAGCUUGGUUUAGAUCAUGGGGACUCCUGAAUUCCCAGAUCUAGGCAAGCAUUGUUCUGUUUCUGAUUGCAGACAAAUCGAUUUCUUGCCUUUCACAUGUGAUCGCUGCAAUCAGGUAUAUUGUUUGGAGCACCGAAGUUAUAUUAAACAUCACUGUACAAAACCAAACAAAAAUGAUGUCACUGUUGUUAUAUGUCCACUUUGUGCCAAAGGGGUUCGUCUAAUUCCUGAUCAAGAUCCAAACAUAGUUUGGGAUAUUCAUGUCAACACAGACUGUGACCCAUCAAAUUAUGAAAAAGUCACAAAAAAGAAAAAGUGUCCUGUCCCAAGAUGUAGAGAAACCUUGGUAUUCUCAAACACAAUCAAGUGUAGAGAUUGUGAGGUAGAUCAUUGUUUGAAACAUAGAUUUGGACCUGAUCACAAAUGUUCUGGACCCAAAAAGUUGGAAACAAGUUUUUCAUUUAUGAGUCUUUUGAAUAGUAGUAAAGAAGAAUCAAAACCCAAUUUAAAUUCAACAACCACAUCAUCUAAAUGGUCUUCAAGCUUUCUUGACUUGGCUUCUAAAUUGAGUGGUGAAAUUAACCAAGCAUGGCGUGGAAUAGGACAGAGUAGUGGCAGUGGUAAUGCAAAUAAUCAAAUGGAGAAGUGUCCAUUAUGUGAUGCUAAGUUUUCCUCGGCGACUAGUUUGGUGAAUCACGCGAAAAAAGUUCAUCAAAGGAAUGGUAGCAAGCGAUAUGGGGUAAAGAACGUAUCGAUCUCUGCAUGUCCGAAGUGUAGUAAAGGUUUUUUGGACCCGGUUUCACUUGUGGAACAUGUUGAGAGGGAUCAUGGUGGUAGUUCUUGAGUAUAGGUAUGGAGUUAAAUAAGAAUGAAAUUCUGAGUUGAUGAAGUAUAUAGAACUUUCUUUGAUGAAUGAUAAGUUUGUAAACAUUGUUUUGCCCUAUUUGAUAGCAAAAGGUUGUGUGAA